GCCAGCUGUGCCGAGCGGCGCGCGGGGAUGCGGCCCAUGGAGGAACCCGGCGUGAUCCAGCGGCUGGCGCCCAAGCUGGGCAUCGCUGCGCCCGGAGUGCUCAGAAAAGCAGAAGAAUAUCUGCGACUGUCCCAGGUGAAGUGCACGGGAUUGUUGGCUCAGAUGACGGCAACAAGCAAUGCGGUGAUGUGCCUGGACCUAGCAGCUGGCUAUAUGCAACACCCAGUGGACAAAAGCUACUUAGUUAAACUCUCCGGUUUGAACAAGAGGACUUACCAGAGCUGUAUGAAGUCUUUUGAAUGUUUGCUAGGUUUGAACUCCAAUAUGGGAAUCCGAGAUUUGGCUGUACAGUUCUGCUGCACAGAGGCAGUGAACACCGCUUCACAAAUAUUACAAAGGUAUGAAUCCAGUCUCUCUGAAAUGCAGCAGAUGGAUCUUGAUUUAUCAAAACCCUUGUUCACAACAGCUGCAUUGUUCACAGCCUGCAGGUGCUUGAAACUAAAAGUGGAUAAGAAGAAAAUGGUGGAUACCUCUGGGGUGAAGAAGGCAAUAUUCGAUCGGCUCUGCAGCCAGCUGGAGACAAUUGGCCAGCAGAUCAGCAGAGACUGUGCUUCACUGACUCCUCAGCCAACCCAAAGCCAGAAGACCUUGCUUGAAUGCACUGAAAAGGAGCAGGAACAUGAAGAUGAAGUUGAGACCCCUCGCAAGCGGCAGAAAAGUGAAACCGAAGCAAAACAAGACUAUGAAGAAUGGAAAAAGAGAAUCCUGGAAAACGCUGCUAAGGCAAAAGGGGCCAGUAUCUGACUUCAGUCUCUGGAGUGCCACCAAGAAAUGUCACUGCCUCUGAUGGGACUCUCUGAAGUUAAGAUCCCACAGCAAGUCAGUGGCCAUCAGGAGCAGACGCCUUGUCUUCCAACUCCUAUCCCUCUGCUCACAUCCGCUAUUUGACAAUUACCCUUCCAGUUUAAUGCCCGUCUUAACUUUCAUUCACAAGUUAGUAUUAAGAACUUUAUUAUUAAAUCUCAUUUGCAUAGGUUAGCUGACAGCUUAGGCGUGGGAACUAUAGGUGGAACAUUUUACACAGGACCACUGACCCUGGGCCCAGGCCUCCUCUCCCCAGCCAAGGGCUUGGGUCCCAGCUGCCAGCCCUGCUACUCGGCCGCUGGCUCCAUGCCUGGGUCUCUGUGCCAGGGCCCUGCUCCCGGCCUGGGGCCCUAUGCCCCAGACUCUGCUCCCUAGCCCUGUGUCCGGAGCUCAGGUCCCAGCCACUGGCCCCAUGCCCUGCUCCCCAGCCACUGGCCCGGAGCCCAGCUGCCAGCCUCUCUUCCCAGCUGCUGGCCCUAUGCCCAGGGCCCUGUGCCUGGGGCUCUGUUUUUGGGGCACUGGCCCCCCAUUCCUGGAUCCUGGCAGCUGGGGCUCUGUUAUUGGCCCCACAUGAGAGGUCCUGGCUGCGGGCCCCGUUUCCUCCCCAGCCUUUGCUGACCCCUGUCGGGUUCCCCCCCUCCCGGAGACAUGGUACUGCUCCUGGCCCCCGCUGGGUGGGGUGGGGGGAUGCGGACAGUGGUAAGGGUGCUGGCUUCAGCACCCCAACUAUUAAAAGAGUUCCAGCACCACCAGCUGACAGUCUGGAAAAAGCCAGGGUUUUAAGUAUUCCUGUUAAUAAUUUUCUCCUAGAAUGAGAAACAUUCCCAUUAUUAGUAGAAGGAUACACUAGACACAUGUUCAUUAAAGGAAGAUGAGGCCCAUGUAACUUCAUUCAGCAUCAGUAUUUGACAAGCUGGGCCACAUUCUGUCCUACAAUACAAUGUAUACAGCUCCCUUUGACUUCAAUGGGAGCUGAGCAUACAACUCCAAGAGCAGAAUUAGGCCCCAGAUGGUUCUUUGUACCUAUCCAGUGUAUGGAAGGCAUUUAGAUUGGGAAUAAUGUCGCUUUCAUAACUGCAGCUGCUACAAAUCACCUUUUGUAUUUUGAGAGACAUUUUUGCAGUUUGUAUCAAUGCUUAUAAAGAAGCCAAAGUGAUGAUAGAACUAGCUUCUGGACAUAUGUGAAAGGUUCUUCUUAAAACAAAACAAAUGAUUCCACAUUUCCUCCGUUUAACCUCUCCUGCACCAGGCACAGUUACUGGGAGAGCCUUUACCUUGAUUGAAAUACAUUGACAUUGUUCUUUCAAAAAAUAAGGUUUGUGUCACUACUGAACUGCCUGGUAGACACAAACAUGGCAAAAGAAAAGUCAUGGUACUAACAUUCAGUGAUUGGCUCCAUACAUAUAUUUAGCUAGGAAGAACUUAUUCUAAAUGGUAGGACUGCUGUGGCAAACC